CGUGUCCGCCGUGUGUUUGUUUGUGGAAUAGUGACCCUUCGGCGGGCGGCGGGCAGAGGAAAAUGAAACGAAAAUUUUACAUAACAUCCGUCGAGGAAGGUUCCGUAGACGGACCGUCGACGACCAACAACGGGCAGUCGUCGACCGAAAUAGACGAACGCGACGGACGUUCGCGACCAAUCCCGUCGAUCGAUCUGGCCAUGGCGUUUGCCGGAAAACAAUCGCAGCCCAACCGGGACGGCGCCGGGACUAUCCCGCUCACCGACGGCACAGUGCUCCGGACGGCUAACCACGGCGGAAUGCCGGUGACACCGUCAACGGCACCCAGCAAGUACAUAUAUCUGGUGGACCUGUGGGGUCGUUUUGCUAACUUCUACCCGGUGGGGCGACAGAUAACGAUCAUGCCAGCUGGAUGCCCCACGGUUCAGCGCAGCUGGCCGGUCACCUCCCAGCCAGUGGCCCUGUUGGUCGUUUUCGGAUUCCUGUGGGCCAUCGCAUGGUCCAUCCUGCCAGCCGGUCUCUCCGAUCCCACCGGUGGCUUCAUGCGCCUUGCGUUCCUGUUCCUGGGCGCCCAAACGUGCGGUGAGCUCGUCUCGCUGACCGGACUCCCGGACAUGCUCGGCAUGCUGGGCUGGGGCGUCCUGUACGCCAAUGUGGGCUGGGCGGACUUCGGUGGCUACGAGCGGCUCGAGGUGUUCCUGCGUGAGAUGGCGCUCGUCAACAUAAUGCUGCUGGCCGGUCUCGGACUGGACUACGCGGCCCUGCGGUCCCUCUUCCGCUUCAUCAUGCUACUAACGGUGCUGCCGAGCGUGGCCGAGGUUGCUGCCACGGCCGUGCUCUCACACUACCUCCUCGAGCUGCCCUGGCUCUGGGGCGUCCUUCUGGGGCUGGUGGUGACGGCCAUCUCGCCAAACGUCGUCGUGACGGUGCUGCUGCGGUUGAAGGAGGAGCGGCUCGGUCUGGGCAAAGGCAUUCACACAUUAAUCAUCGCCGUGACAAGCUGUAAUGAUGUUCUGGCAAUUUUCCUGUUCGGUGUCAUCCUGGGCCUGAUCUUCGUCACCGGUAACGUCACCAGCCAGAUCGCGCAGGGCCCGAUCGGCAUCGUAAUUGGGCUCGGCUACGGGUCCGCGUGCGGUCUCGUCCUUCUGCACCUGCCAUCGUACCACGCGAGGUACAGCGCCGGGUUGCGGUUCACGAUGACGGCCCUGGCCGGCGCGCUGUCCGUCGUUGGCAGCAAGGCGAUCGGUUACCCGACGGCCGGGGCGCUCGGGUGCAUCGUGACGGCGUUCGUGGCCGGCACCGGGUGGCGCAAGCGGCCCGACGGUGGCGCUGCGGAGGUGGGCGCGUACCUCGAUCUUGUGUGGAAGUUUCUGAAGCCCGUGUCUUUCUCGCUGAUCGGCAAGGAAGUCAACUUUUCCGUCCGGGCCGGCGAAACGGUGCUGUACGGGAUGGUAACGCUCGUCGUCGCCGUGCUGCUUCGACUGGCGUUCUCGUACUGCUCCACUCUAGGCAGUGAGCUGAACUGGAAGGAGCGGGCGUACGUUACGCUGUCCGGCUUCCCGAAGGCCACCGUCCAGGCGGCACUCGGUCCGGCGGCGCUCGACCUUGCCCGGGCACUCGGCGCACCGGAGGAGGACUACGGAAGGGCGCAAACCGUGCUGAUUGUGACGGUUUUGGCAAUCAUCUUCACGGCCCCGCUCGGUGCGCUGCUGAUGGUGAAGCUGGCGCCACGGUGGCUGAAACGAUCGGUGACGGCGGACGAUGAUCGGUACCAGUGA